AUGAGUAUAAAUGAAUAGGAAUUAUAAAAUAAAGUAGAAAAAGUAGUAGAUAAUGUAAAUAUAAAUAAUCAUAUUUAGUAUAUGAAAAGAGCAAAGUCAUUUCAUAGAUAAAGAUCAUCAAUUUCAAUGAAUGAAGAAUAGAGAGAUUUAACAUAAGAGAUUGCUGAAAAAGAAUUUUAAAAGAAUAGAUUAUUAGAAGAAUUGUUAAAGCAAAUUUCUUUAAUAAUAGACAAUUUAAUUCAAAGACAUUUGUUUGAUGUGAAUAUUACAUAUAUAUUCCUAGUUUCAAAAUUAACUUCUUCAUAUAUAGAAUGAACUAUAUUAAUUGAAGACAAAAUAGUUUCAUAUUGGAAGUUAGGAGAGUACAAUAAAAUAGACACUUGUAUUAUCAAAGAAUAGUUCUUUUACUGAUUUUAAUGAAUAAUUUCUCUCUGAAGAUUAAAUUAAAAAUUUAAAAAACAAAAUCAAAAAUCUAAAAGAGGAUGUUAAUAAGAAAACAUAAUAUCAUGAUUCAUUAAUAAAUAUGUUGUUGGAUUAAUAGUAAUUAAUUAUAUAUUAUAAAAAUUAAAGGAAGGAUUUAAAAGAGAAUUUGAGAAAAAAUUAAUUUGAUUUAGAUAUUAAAUCAAUAGAAAAAAGAAUGCUUGAUUAAAUUUGGUUAAGUAAAUAAAUAUUUAUAUUAAGAUAGGUGUUGAAACAUAAAGUAGAGAUUUUGUUGAAACGAAAUUUCAUUAACUAAAAUAAUUAGUAGAAUCAAACAAUUAGAAACAGAAAGGUAAUUUAAUAAAUUUAAAAAAAUAGAAAAGGAUGCUGUGAUGUGGACAAUUGUAAAUGAAUGUAAAUGUGAGAUGGAUAAAAUGAAUUUGAAGCUAAAUAAUGUAAACAAUAUUUUACAUGAAAUCAAAGAAAAUAACAAUUGGUUUCCACGUAUUUGGAAAGCAAAAUGA